AUGGCUCUUGAAAGACUUGCUGAGCUCGAACGUCCAAUUAAGUGGCUAGCUAAUGACCUUGAAAAUUUAACUAAUAAUGAUUAUCAUCGUGAUGGUGCUAAUAUUCAUGACAAGCUAUUAUCAAAUAAAGAAUUUAAAGUU